AUGGCCUUGAACCGACUUGUUAGCCUGCUUUUGCGGACAGCCGAGCUUGUUUUCGCCUCCAUCGUGGCCGGCGUGACUGGCCACUAUCUCCACCACUCGCACUGGGCUCAUGGCAGAUUUAUCUACACCGAAGUAGUGGCUGCCUUAUCCAUCGUGCUAGCGGUGGUUUGGCUGGUUCCCUUUUCAGGAACGUUUGUCCAUUGGCCAGUGGACAUUUUCGUCAGCAUCUUGUGGUGGGUGGCUUUCGGCCUGCUUGCCAAUUUGCUCGGUUCUUCCUGUGGCGCUCUUUUCGACUGGGACAAUGUUUCUCCACGUGGCGACCAGUGCGGCAAAUUCAAGGCCGAUCUGGCCUUCUCCUUUCUCUCAGCAGUUCUAUGGCUCGCUUCUGCCCUGAUUGGCAUUUUCUGGGUGCGCAGCCAUGAGCGCCGCGCCGCCGAUGCCGAUGCGCACCAUGGACGCCACUGGUUCCGCCGAAGCCGCGUUUAA